AUGUGCCACACCUCCACCAAACUGGAGCGUAUGUCAUAUGUGUUCACCUCACGUGCAUUUGGUUACCUCACAGGUAGCAUUAUUGGUGGAUGGUUUUAUGACAAGUAUAAUGGCCAUGUCAUGUUAGCACUGUCCUGUGUGUGGGGCACUCUAAUGAUGAUGGUUUUGCCAUAUGUCACAUCUCUGCUGGGACUGGUUAUUGUUACUGUGUUGUUGGGAGUGGGCCUUGGAUCUCUCAAUACAGGUACAUACAGUAGACAAUGAAUUCACACUCCAGUUAUUUAGAUGUAAUAUCAGUUUUAGGGCAUAUUCAUGGAGUUCAUACCUGAGCAAUAAUGUGGGUGUAAAACUACAGUAUCGAUGCUGUGGUUCAGUUUUAUUGUAAUACUUGACUCCAAAUAUUCUAAAAUGACUACAAAAUUUGUGAAGCAGAAGUCACAGUGACUCCACUCAUCAAUUAAAAUUUGCAAACCCUGACUAUUAGUUGUCUAGGCUUAGUGUAAAGUGAUUAUAUAAUUCAUAAUUGUUUUAAAAUUAGGCUUGGGGAGCAGUUAAAUCAGGUUUUCAUUUAUUUAGAAUUGUGUUACACAUGCAUAGUAUUGUUGUAUUGUUGUCUUUUUUUCUCCUUUAUAACUUUAUAUCCGAGUUUCAUAACAUUUUUUGUGACAGGCAUUUUGUGAUAGGUGACCACUUUAAUUGCACUAUUUUGCCGUUUUGAAAAUGAAUUAAAAAAAAGUUGUCUUUUAUGUAGGAAUUUCAUCAGUAUCUAUAAAAUAAACAGAACAUUACAUGGCCGCUUGGGGAUACGAAUUUUAUCUUCUCGUGCUGAAAGUAUCUCUCACUCGUUCACUUUGCUCACUUGUGAGAGAUACUUUCAGCACUCAAAGAUAAAAUUUGUAUCCCCGCGCGGCCAUUUAAUAUCCUCUAUUUAUCCAACAACUUGAAAUAUUAGUGAAUGCCUUGAUGAAGAGUUUCAAACAAAGUUAUUUUGGAGUUGCCUUUGUCCUGACUUAAGAAUGCAAUGUAAGUGUACUGUAGUCAGUGAUUUUGUUACCUCUGCGUCCUGCAUCCCUGACGUAUAAAAUUCCCAAAGUCGCAAAGUAAUUUGUGGUGUGCAUGCAUCCAGUAGAAUGCAAAGAUCGAUUGAUUGAUCUCAAGAUGUUUUUGUAGAAUAUCCUGUGUGCGUGAUUUCUGUGGCUCUUCUUGUGGAUGUUGUUUAACAUCUCAUAUUUCUUUUAGUUUUUGUUGUGCUUGACAAUAGAAGGAAUAUAUUUUAUUUCUGUAACUGUAACACAGAGUUUUGGAGUCUGUCCUUAGAUUAACUGUGUUGUUACAUUAAGACCUGCAGUGACUUGUUGUUUUUCUGACUGGAACUCAAUGGUUUUGGACAGGGACUCAUGACUUCUCUUAAGUUGAGUCUCAGGAUUCGCCAUACUUAUUUGUAACAAAAUCACUGGUAUUCUAGUGCACUAUUAGGUGUAAUGUGCUGCCGUGUUAAUGACUGUUCUUACCUGUGGACAAUAAUUUGUUGUAUUUUUAUUUUACUUCAGGUGGAAAUGUACUUCUGCUAAGUACAUGGGGCAAGAAAUCACGGCCAUAUGUGCAAAUUCUCCACUUUGUGUUUGCGCUUGGUGCAUUUUUUGCUCCACUCAUAGUGCAACCAUUCCUUCAAGAGAGUACCAACCCUGAAAAAAAUGAUACCGAUCGCACUGGCAAUGACGGUAUCAGUGUGACAUGGGCUUACUGCAGCAACAGCAGUCAGUGUUUAAGUAACGAGACAUUAUACACCAGAUGUUACUGUUUCUGCACCACCUUCAAUGAAACAGAUGGUAGUACCUUUCCUGUGAUAUGGGCAUACUGGAUCAGCUCAAUUCCUCUUUCUAUUGCUGGUGUUGGAUUCUUAGUCUUUGUUUUCAUCAAAUCAUGCAGCUUACAGGACAAGGAUAACAAGGAUGAGGAUGCUCCAAAGACCAAAGAGGGUAGCUUGAUGUACAGAGUCACCACUCUGUCACUAUUUUCUGUUUUCCUUCUGCUUUAUGUGGGUCUUGAGGUUGCAUACGCCGGAUACAUCUUUACCUAUGGUUACACAAGUAAUGUAACAAUGAGCAAGGACAGUUCGGCAUUUUUAACAUCUGGGUUCUGGGGAAGCUUUGCAUUGGCACGGCUUGCAGCAGUGCCGAUCUCAAGGUACCUCAGACCAUCAAAGAUACUGUUUCUGGACUUAAUGGGCUGUGUGUUAGGAUCAGUAGUACUUAUUUCACAGAUUAAGGAUGGCGACUGUUGUGCUGCAGACUCGACAAAGCUGUGGGUGGGGACAGUUAUUUUGGGAGUUUCAAUGGCGUCAAUCUUUCCUACUGCUUUGAGCUGGGCAGAGUACUUUUUAACUGUAUCAGGAAGGACAGCAUCUGUUCUUGUGGUGGCCUCCAGCUGUGGUGAGAUGCUGAUUCCGCUGGCUGUGGGUAGUACAAUA